AUGGAUCAUUUUCGUCCUCGAUCUGGCUAUCAGCCUUGUGAUACCUUCUUCGUUGAGGAAGACUUGCGCGCACAGGCCGAAAAGCAGGCGAAGCAGGAACAUGAUAAGCUUGUGAACCGUGAGCGACAGUACGCCAUGGCUACUCAGCUCUCGCGUCUCACCAGCGAUGAGUACCGCGACGACGCCGUCCAGCAGAUGAUGGAAAUGGACAGUCGAACUUUGCCAGACGUCGAGUCGAUUGACAUCCAGUCCGAGAUUCAAUGGUUCAUGCGUCCCUACCUGCUCGACUUUCUCAUCGAGGCCCACUCUGCCUUCCAGCUUCUUCCGUCGUCUUUGUUCUUGGCGAUCAAUUUGCUGGACCGUUAUUGUUCCAAGCGGGUGGUCUACAAGCGUCACUACCAGCUGGUUGGUUGUGCGGCCUUGCUGAUUGCUGCCAAGUACAAUGACAAGAAGGACCGUGUCCCAACCGUCAAGGAGUUGAAGUCGAUGUGCUGCGCCCUCUAUGAUGACGACAUGUUCAUCCAGAUGGAAUGGCACGUCCUACAGACUUUGGGAUGGUCCGUCGGACACCCCACGGUAGAUGAGUUCCUCUCGAUUGCCCUGUUGGAUGAGCCUUAUGACGCCGAAGUUGAACACAUGGCUCUGUACAUCUUGGAGAUCGCCCUCUUCCACCGCGACUUUGUUUCCAAGCUAUCGUCUGAGCUUGCUCGUGCUGCCCUGGCUCUUGCCCGCUGCGUUCUCAACCGACCUCAGCCUCGCCACAAUGACUGGGCUGCUCAGUAUGACUCGUCGACCGUCGUGGAUCUUUCCCUCCACAUCCACCAACCCUCCAACGUCGUGGCCCGCAAGUACGCUUCGUCCCACUUCUCUCGAGUUGCCAAGAUCAUGGAGCAGUUCCUCAGCCGUCAAGCUUCUCUGGCUAGCUACUCUCGUUGCACACCCCCAGUUGAGAGUGCAGUUGACUCAAAACCCUACAUGGGGGAGAUGGGACUCGCGACUCCUCAGAAGCCCCAGCAGUUGAGCGCGGUCUCUCGCGGAUACAUGACCCCACCCAUCACCCCCGACACUGGAGCCUAUUCUUCGCAGGCUACGAGUCAGGAGCUUGGUCAUGGUGCCACGGCGCCCCACGGGUGUUUGCCAUCUGAAGUCGACACUGAAAUGCAGUACAUGGCUACUGACGCGUAUCAUCCACAGGAGGCUGUCUAUCUUCCUCAACAGUCGCACCAGGUGGCCAGUUAUGCACCUCAGGGUCAGAUGGCGACCGAACAGACAUACUCAGCGAUCAUGUAG